AUGUCGAACGGACCUUGGAACUCGCGCAGUGUCAUGUACAAUGACAACUCGUAUCUAGGUGACGCGAACGACAGCAGCUACCACCGGUCAAGUGUGACAUACUCGUCCGGGACCGCUGCAUAUGGCAUGACGGCCACCGCGCCGCUGCUGGAGACAAGUGGUCCAGUCGCGCGGCCCGAUGUUUCCUACUCUGGCACGCCGGUAUACUCUUCGAGACCGCCCUCCUUAUCAUAUGGUACUUCAGGAGCCGCAGCUACAUAUGGAUCGCACAAGAGCACGGGCUCCCAAGGUUGGGAAGCCCAUGGUAGAUAUUCGCCUUCGGAUUCCCUGGAUGAUAUCAUUGCUUCUCCGAGCCUAUCGGAUUACGCCUUGGACAACGGUGCAGGCACCACGUCUUCUGGGAAAUCCAAGAGCUCGAGCACAGGUCGUCCCCAGCGGCGGCCCUCCAAUAGGGAUGAAUUUGACGGGCCGCACCAGUUUCUGGCCAGACCACCCACGGAAUAUCAGGAGAGGGAGCUACCCCAUCUCCCAACGAAUCUCCUUGUGCAGGAACAGGAUAGUGUCCUAAGCCGGGUGAACGAUCGACUGUCACAGUGUGCCUUUGACUUUGUCGCAAAAUACCAGUUCCCCAUACCGCUCACGCAGGACAUGCGGCCUGUUGAGCGGCCUCAGGAUCGCGAAUGGACAGAGUGGGUGUACUUACUGAAGCGCCUCGCGACCAAAAGGCGAAUACCGGCACGGGUUCUCUACAACGGACAGAUCAAGCAGUUCGUCACCAUACUAGAGAAUUCGCUCGAGAUGCGACAUGCAGCGAAGCAUCAGUCGCGCCCCCUGAAGGAUGAUCGCAACAUCUUGCAGCUCAUCAGUGCUGGUAUCCAAGUUGCGAAGAUCCUCAAGGACGCCCAAGCUAUGGAUUAUCUGGACAGAUUAUACGUUUCAACGGAACAGCGGAUUCAGGACCGGACGGCCGCGGCGUCGGUGCGGUUCCGCUGA